AUGUCCCGGUCCGUGAGUUUCAGCUCUCGCUCUGUGGCCGUCCCAGGGAUCAGCCAAAUGCGGGUCAGCACCGUCUCCUCGACCCGUGGACUAGGAGGGGGUGCCAGCUUAGGCAGGACAGGUGGCUUUGGCAGCUACAGCCUCUACAACCUCGGCUCCGCCAACAAGCGGAUCUCCCUUGGAGGUGGCAGCUCCUACAGCAGUCACUCUGGAUACAGCUACGGAGGCAUGGGAUUCGGUGGGGCGCUCAGCCCCGGCGGCAUUCAGGAGGUCACCAUCAACCAGAACCUCCUGGUGCCCCUGAAUCUGGAGAUUGACCCCAAUAUCCAGCGGGUGCGCACGGAGGAGAAGGAGCAAAUCAAGACACUCAACAACAAAUUCGCCUCCUUCAUUGACAAGGUCCGGUCCCUGGAGCAGCAAAACAAAAUGCUGGAGACCAAAUGGAGCCUCCUCCAGGACCAGAAGACUGCCCGGAGUAACAUUGCUCCCAUGUUUGAGACGUACAUCAACAACCUGCGACGUCAGCUGGAUGGGUUGCUGAAUGACAAAGGGCGUUUGGAGGGCGAACUGAAGAACAUGCAGGAUCUUGUUGAGGAUUUCAAGGCCAAAUAUGAAGAUGAAAUCAACAAGCGCACGGCAGCAGAGAACGAGUUUGUGGUGCUCAAGAAGGAUGUGGAUGCCACCUACAUGAACAAAGUGGAGCUGGAGGCAAAGGUGGAUGCGCUGACAGAUGAGAUUAACUUCCUGAGGUCUCUCUAUGAAGCGGAACUUCACGAGCUGCAGGCCCAGAUUUCUGACACCUCUGUGGUGCUCUCUAUGGAUAACAGUCGAAACCUGGACCUGGACAGCAUCAUCGCAGAGGUCAAAGCACAGUAUGAGGAGAUUGCCAACAGGAGCCGGGCAGAGGCUGAGUCCUGGUAUCAAAGCAAGUACGAGGCACUGCAGGUCACUGCUGGGAAACAUGGAGAUGACCUGCGCAACACGAAGAAUGAGAUCACAGAGAUAAACCGAAUGAUCCAGAGGCUGCAGAGUGAAAUCGAAAAUGCGAAGGCCCAGCGUGCCAAGCUGGAGGCAGCCAUUACUGAAGCCGAGGAACGUGGUGAGUUGGCUGUCAAAAAUGCCAAGACAAAGCUGGAGGAGCUGGAGGCUGCCCUGCAGAAGGCGAAGCAGGACAUGGCCCGGCAGCUCCGUGAGUACCAGGAGCUCAUGAACAUCAAGCUGGCCCUGGACAUCGAGAUCGCAACCUACAGGAAGCUGCUGGAGGGCGAGGAGAGCAGGUUGGCUGGUGAUGGAGUUGGCAACGUCAACAUCUCCGUGGUCAGCUCCAGCAGUGGAGGUGGCUAUGCCGGUUCCAGUGGAUUUCUGGGAGGAGGAAUCGGAGGAGGCCUUAGCCUGGGAGCAGGCAUGGGCAGUGGGGUGCUCGGCUUCUCCUCUGGAGGUGGCUCCAAAUCCUACAGCAUCACCACAACCUCAUCCAGCAGGAGAAGCUUCAAGAAGUAACUACAGGAACGGGGAUCAGCGGUACCCAUUACGUGGGAGGAGGGAAACCAUAGAAAGAAAAGUUUUGUUGCCUUUUAUAGGACAAGUUGGCUGCAAAAUUUCUGCAGUGAUGAAUGAAUUGGAAUAAGACAUACCAGAGUACCUGACCCUGCCACAUCACGCCUAAGGCUUGAUCCUGCACUGUUGAACUCAGUGGGAACCUUUCCACUGAGAGCAGGUUCAAGCCUGUAGGGUGAAAUUUAUCCAGUGAAGCAGGCGGUAUAAUGCUUUUGUUACUUGUGUGCUUGGUACCCCCUGCUCAGGGCUGGAUUUCACCCUUUGAAGGUCAAAGCAAUCAUUUGAGUGGCAAGCUAUUCCACAGUUCUGCUGUGGUUUUGCAAGAGACCAGAAGAUUAUCUCCCUCUUAAUAUGAUUUGGAAGACUUUAUUCCCUUAGGCUCCUCAGAAAAUGCCAACCCUUGUUAAGAUUUCAGCCUGGGUUUGUUUUCUUAAAGUAUACCAAGAAGAAAACAGUGAAACUGUGUUUGGUUUCUCCUU